UAGCAACCUUUCCCUGUCUGCUAAACAACGUUCAAAAUUUGUUUUUGCAGUUUUGCAUAGGUAACAAAUACUUCACAAUUGAACAUGUCCGCAAAAGCAGCAGAAAUGCAACGUGAGGUGAGAGAAAAUGCUGAAGACUAUCAGAAUUAUCUGAAAGAUUUGUAUCAAUGGGAAAAUGAAAUAAAAGUAAAAGAUGAACUGCUUAAAAAUGCACCAAAAUCCCCUAGCAUUGCUGGAGAGCAGGAAUUCCCCAUACGUAACAGGAAAACAAUAUUUGAAUCAAAUGAAAACCCUACCUCUAACUGUCCAAGUGUUCAAAAUUCAGGAGGCCUAACAGAUCAUCAAAACAGGCAAAAGGCAGUGCUUGAAAAAAAUAAAGGGAAUGAAUGUUUCAAAGAAGAGAAAUAUGAGAAAGCAAUAGAAUGCUAUUCUAAAGCCAUGGAACUUGAUCCUUCUGAUGCCAUACUACCUGCAAAUCGGGCGAUUGCUUUGAUUAAAGUAAAAAGAUUUGUAGAGGCUGAAGAAGAUUGUAACACAUCUUUAAAACUUGAUCCAACCUUUGUGAAAGCAUAUCAUCGUCGCGGCACAGCCCGAUUUCACACAGGAAAGAUGGAACAAGCACUUGAUGACUUUAAGAAAGUAUUAAGUAUAGAACCGCAUAACAAAGCUGCGCUGCAAGAAUUUGAACGCCUCUCAAAAUUCAGUAAGGAUUCCUCAAAAUCUACUGCGAUUGAAAAAAGCAAAGAAAUUAACAGCAAAAAGAGAGUAAGCUUCGACCAGUCAGUGACCAAUCAAACAAAGAAAGCUGUUGAAAUUGAACCAUUAAAAGGCGCUUCAGAGAUAAUCGAUCUUUCGUUAAAGCAUCCAUCUCUGACAGUCGUAAAUGAGUUUGUUCCUGUUCCAAACAACGGCAAGACGGAACCUGACGUUCAAAUUUCAAUUGCAGUCGUGAACGACAGCAAACAGGAGAGUCUUGGAAUUGAUAAACUUAUUAACCAACUCUCUGGUCAAAAGAAUAUUGAGUUGAAAACUAUUGAAAUCCAAACGGCGAAAAUCGUUGAAAUUAUCCCACCUUCACCCAAAAACUGCAUCCAAUUUUAUCAAGAUUGGACCAGGCUCGAUCAAAAUUCUGAUUUGCAGUACCAAUAUCUAAAGCAAAUUAACCCUGCCAAGCUCCCCGAUCUAUUUCGUGAGUCUCUUGAAACUGACAUUCUCGGCGGGAUUAUUAAAAUUUUGAAAAUGGAGUUUGUUCCACGAAAAGAUGCUAUUCUUCCAUGGUUGACUGGCUUAUCUCGAGUCAAGCGAAUCGGUGCAGUUACGCUAUUUCUAUCGUCGGAUCAAAAAUCGGAUUUAGAUUUCCUUCAAACGUGUAUCAAUAGUAAUAAUGAGGGGACUGAAGAAGAACGAAACUCAGUGUUCCAAAAACUAAAGUGAGUUUUUUCAGCAGCUUGCAUCGUUGUAUCGAAAGUUUAACACGCACUUGAACAUUUGAAUAAACUGUUUAAUGUGAA